GUUCCACAAUGUUGGAACCCCAGGCCGUGUUUGUUGUGGCUGUGCUCAUAGCAGCGCUGUCAGCCGUCCUCGCCCAUUUUGGUUACCGCUCGCCGAGCUACGUCGUCGGUAUUGAUCUCGGUACGUCGUUUUCUGUAGCGGCGAUAAAGCCGGCAGAUGCUGAGAAAUCGGUCAGCCCUACUGUUGUGAACCAUUAUUCAACGAACUCGCCUCUUGUACCAUCAAUAGUAAGCUACUUCCCGAAUGGGACUGCUGCUGUCGGUGACGCCGCGGUGACACGGCAAGAACUGUUCCUGGAGGAUACGAUCUACCAUGCUAAACGAUUCAUAGGGAAGGGAAUUGAGGAGGUGUCCUCCGACUCCGAUGCUCAUCCAUUCAAAGUGGUGCCGUCGCCGAACUCUACAGAUGAGGUGCUCUUCUCGGUGCUUAACGGUACAUUGUCAGUGUCGCCUGUGGAUGUGGGCGUUCAAGUGGUGAAGGAGCUGCUCAAAUCGGUUGAAGCAAUCGUUGGCAGCUCGGGAGCUUCCAAGAAGGUUGUCAUUUGCGUGCCGGUGGAAUUCAAUCAACUUCAGAGGGACGCUACUCGACGGGUGUACGAGGAGCUCGGUCUCACAGUCACCAGACUGAUCGACGAGCCAGUGGCAGCAGCAGUGGCUUACAAUCUUCAUCAACGGUCAGGUGGAGCGAGCUCUCGUGUUGUGGUGGUUUUCGAUCUCGGCGGAGGGACCCUGGAUGUCUCAGUGCUGCAAGUAGCCACAUUCUCUGGCAGCAUCAACGUCCUAUCGACAUCAGGAGAUCAGCAGCUGGGCGGUCAGGACUUUGACAGAGUGCUAGCCAAGCUCAUCAACCAGAAAUGCAAACGGCAGAAUCCGGAUCAUCCUGAACAUUACUCGAAUGUGAUGGCUGAGAGGGUGAAAAGAGAGCUUACAGUACGGGAGAAUACGACUGUCUGUGGUGGUCAACUCAUCACCCGAGACGAGUUUGCCGAGGCAGCCAGCGAACUAUUGGACCGAAUAUACGACACGAUGCAUCGCAGUAUGCGGUUGGUUAUGCUAGACCCCGAAUACGUCUCUGACGUCGUCUUCGCGGGAGGCGCCAGUCGCAUGCCUAUUGUACAGGACACCGUGUAUGCUGCCUUCGAGGAUGCGGAUCCGCGCUUCCAUACUGAGCUCGACCCCGAUCUCCUUGUGGCACUGGGGGCUGCCAAUAUUGUCGAUUAA